CUGACCGAUAAAUCUUGCUGAAGAGCUGCUCAAAUGCGCAUUUCUCAGGCUACGCAAACCCUCCAAAGUUCAACAUCACUGGCAAUAGAAUCUUUGUUUGCCGCUUACGUUGAUUCAUGUAUACUAUUAUUCAGAGAGGGCUCCUUGAGGAGUAACCUGAAAAAGGACUGGUUGUUCACCCCGCGAUUCCCCCAUCCACAUCGACACCAACAUUGGCGCCGAUUCUGUUCUGCCAUCCUCUCCUAAUCAACCGCAUCGACUUAGGAGUAUCCCGAAAUUCCUGUGAUCGAAGCAUAUACGAUUCGACCUAGUCCCAAAGGCUGCCGUGACGGCAGCCAGGAAGACUUCAUCAUGUAUCACACCUUCAGCGGCAACUCGAGACGGCCGAGAAACGUGAACCUGAGCGGCCAGAACACAAACCCAUGGGCAAACUCGGGCUGGACACCGGCUCCCUCGGGCGCCUCUCAGACAGUUGCUAACGCCCAAGCCGAACGUGAGAAGCGGCAGAGAGAGCGUAACGAGCUCGUGGCUGCACAGCGGAUUCAGAGAGUAUGGCGAGGGCACAGAGAGCGCAGACAGACCAAACAAAGACACCGUCAAGAGUGGGAUCUUAUGAAUGGGCUGGAUGACAUGUCUGAUCCAGAUACUGCCAAGAAGGCCCUGGCUCUCCUACUGGCCAUGUUCGACCCUUCCAAUCCUGCAGAUCAGUCGAGACUGGACCACUUUGUUCUUUCGCUCGCCGGAGCCACAUCGGCUCUUGCAGAGACUCCCCAGUGGAAUAAUCUUGCACCUUUACUGGUAAUAGCUCUGGAAAGACGCCCCAUCGGCUCCUCCCCCCAUCUCUUGGACCUGUUGGUCGCGGUCAUUAAGAGGUGUCCAUCAUCCGCCACACCUAUCUUGGGCCGACUCUACAAACUGUUGUCGAAAUAUGGUCAACAAAGUGCCAAUGACGGAUCUGACACACAUCUAGCUGAGGUUGUUACCGCACCCCUGGCAGACCGAAAUCCUGAAGCAUAUGAGGCCUUCGCCCUUUACUUCUUGACCUCGUCGAACCUGUCGUUCCUAGAGUCAAGUCCUGAUCAGGUUACAAGAUUUUUGGAGCUGCAGGCCUUGUCUCAGGGCAUCAUAUAUCUCUUCUCUCAGCAAGACCGUAUCAAGAAAACCUCUAAGGAUGAUCUGCUGUGGCUUCUAGCCCAUUUCAUCGCACUGAAUCGUGCUUUACCAACAUCUCGAGGCUCUGCGCAUCUCGAAGCGUUGUAUCUGCAGUUGUCCAUGCUUGCUCCGGACAUCCAUAUGCGUUUUGUCAGUCAAGUCGAUGGAGAUGAGGACUCAUCUGAUGACGAGUCGGAGGAUUUGUACUUCUCAAACGCAAGUCCUCUGCCGCCUUAUGUCACCGCACAGUUGGAAUUCCUUGUCGAUGAAGAUGGAAUUUCCGAGCUACUGAGCAGAUUCACCUCCACGGCUAUAGCAACGGCACGCAUGUCGGAUGAUGCGAGUCUCUUGGCAGGAUACACACUAAUCCUUCUGAAAUGUUUUCCGACACAUGGUGAUGACAUUAAAAUGCACCUCUUCCAGGGUGACAUUGCCACAGAUAGGUUCGAUGCCACCACUCUACCGGCGGUCAAGUAUUUCUGGGAGGCAGCGUCAAGAACCGAAAUCUUCACCGCCUUAUCUCAAACGCAUACUCAACACAAUGUGUCACUAGUUAGGGACCUGGUAAAGUCUGGCCCAACGCUCGAUCAUCAAUGGCGAAUAAUCCUGCUCUUUGUUGAGCUGUACAAUUUCCUUCUGAGAGUCACUGACGACGAAGAUUUCCUGCCCUCGGAAAAUCAUAUCACUUCCGAGCAGAGUCCAGCCGUCACGCGUAUCCGCUCGAGUGGGCUCGCCCUUCACGAGCUGAGGCAACUCGCCAAUUUCCUGAAAAACUUAACCUUUCCGCUCUAUUAUAACCUCCCUGUUAUUAUGCCUUCUUCGAGACCAACGGGACUGAAAGGUCUCAUGGGCGUGUUAAGCUCUUCCAAGUCUCAUCUCGACAAGGCAGUUCAGAAGCUGCAAGUGCCUUCGUUUGCCGGCAUUAUUGGAAUGGAUGCCCUUUCGCUGAGAGCUUUGGCAACCGCAACCAUGCGAUCCUUAUAUGACCGAGACUCUCGUCGUCCGUACUUGUCCAAGGACUUCUGGCUGAUGACGUCCAAGUUCGAGAUGGACGGCUUCAUCUCUGCUGUUAUACUUGAAGAGCAGAAGAAGGAUGAAGCCGAAGAUGAAGACGUGGAGUUACUCGACCCCGAUGUGUACGGCACCAAUCCCUACCACACUUCUGCCGGCCAGAGAUUAUCUCGCGCGGCCCAAAUUGAGAAGCAGCGCCAUUUGCGUAGAGUUCAAAGAGAACAGCUACUCGCACAGGUGGGGCCCAAACUCGAGAUCCUCCGGAACAUGCCCUUUGCAAUUCCUUUCGACGUACGAGUACAGAUCUUCCGGCAGUUUGUACAUUUAGACAAGAUGAAGAGGAGGGGAGGCAAUGUGGAUCCCGACAGAUGGCGCCUGUCAGUCAUGAACAACGGCGAUGCCUUUGGUGGCCCCUCGGCUAGAGGCCAAGAUAUCCUUAGCCGGCACAGCGCCAGGAUCAAGCGUGGGCAGGUCUUUUCGGACGCCUUUAAUCAGUUCUACAACUUGGGGGAAGGGUUGAAGGAGCCCAUCCAGAUCACAUUCAUUGAUCAGUUUGACCAGCAGGAGGCUGGUAUCGAUGGCGGAGGCGUCACCAAGGAGUUCCUCACAAGCAUCAUUGACGAAGCAUUCUAUACUAGUCAUCGGCUGUUCACGGCCAACAGCCAAAACCUCUUGUACCCCAAUCCGACCGCAUUCGAUGAGAUCAAAGAGAUGGCGAUUAGUCGUAACUGCGCAGAGGGUAGUCCAGACUACCUCAAGGUGCUGCAGGACUUGGGUAAAAACUACGAAUUCCUGGGGCGAAUCGUCGGAAAAUGCAUGUACGAGGGUAUACUAAUUGAUGUGGCCUUCGCCAACUUCUUUCUACAGAAGUGGUCAUCUUCCGGCAUCAGUUCGUCGACAGAAUCUAAAGCAAACUUGUACGAUCUAAGAGAAUUGGACCCGGAACUGUACAAGGGCCUCGUCAGCCUUAAGAAUUACACCGGCGAUGUCGCUGAUCUCUCACUUGACUUUGCGGUCACGGACCAAUAUGUUCACCCGAUAACGAAGCAAGUAAAGACGAUCACACGGCCCCUCCGCAAGGACGGCGAAAAUAUACCUGUCACCAACAAAGAUCGCCCUCUCUACAUCGCUGCUGUCGUACACUACCGUCUAGUACAGCAGCUCAUCCGCCAGAACAGGGCAUUCCUUCGUGGCCUCGGAAGCAUGAUCAAUCCCUCGUGGCUCUCUAUGUUCAAUCCCCUCGAGCUACAACGCCUUGUGGGAGGUGACAGCUCCGAGAUCGACAUUGACGACUUACGCCGCCACACCGAAUACUCAGGCGUCUACACCAUUGGCGAUGACGGGCUGGAGCACCCUACGGUGCAGCUGUUCUGGCAAGUAAUGCAUUCCCUCAAGGACGAAGAGCGCAGAGAUGUGCUUAAGUAUGUUACGUCGACGCCGAGAGCCCCGCUGUUAGGCUUCGCACAGCUGAGUCCGGCUUUCAGUAUCAGAGAUUCUGGAGAUGACGAGGAGAGGCUGCCCAGUACUAGCACGUGUGUCAACCUGCUCAAGCUUCCACGUUAUUCUACUGCCCCGAGGCUGAAGGAGAAACUCUUGUACGCCAUUCAAUCAGGAGCCGGAUUUGAUUUGAGUUAGGUUGAGAGGAAAUGCUGAGUGGGACUUGGUUUGAUAUGACAAUGAAGGAAGGAGAUGUGAUUUGACGUUUCCCACUAAACGAGAUAUGAAGCAAUGCAUGCUUUGGUGGCAGGUAGUGUCAUGAACGUAUGGUACUAGAUGAGUUGCAUAAGCGGCUUUGCUGAUAAUCACUGCACCAGCGUGGGUACUGAAUAGAGAGUACUUUUGACACGACCAUGCUUGGGACUUGCUUAUGUAUCUGCGAAAGUACCAAUGUAUAUAAGUGUGGAAUAGCUACUCUGAGACGGCGAGACGGUACUAGUAGGGGAACUUGAAUUUGAAUAGACAGUUCACCUUCGACACUGGUCAGUAGCGAAUAAACGCAC